AUGGAGCAUCUUCACCUGAUAUUCUCUUCCAUCAUCUUCAUCAUAUUCUUGAUUCUCCUCCAUGGCCUUGAUCUUUACCGGAGAAGAAGACUCCCGCCUGGCCCCGUCAGGCUCCCCAUCAUUGGAAACCUCCUCCACAUUGGUUCAAAACCCCAUGAAUCCCUAGCCAAGCUCGCACACAAACAUGGUCCUCUUAUGACCAUCCGAUUGGGCAGCAUCACCAGUGUGGUGGCAUCGACACCUGAUGCUGCCAGACAAAUCCUCCAACUAAAUGACGACGCUUGCUCCGGUCGCCUCGUACCAGAUGUAAAUAACGCUCUGAAACACCCUGAAACAACGAUCUUAUGGAUGCCGCCUGACAAGACCUGGCGGGCUAUGAGGAAAGCUCUCAACUUGUAUCUCACCAAUCGACAGAAACUCGACAGUCUCAGCUACCUCCGCCAAAACGUGGUUGCAGGGAUGGUUGACUUCAUUCGGGAGUCGGCGGAGAAAAAGGCCACAGUGGACAUUGGACAGCUGGCGUUUGCCGUGGCACUUAACCAAAUGUCAAACACGAUUCUCUCACAGAACGUGACCAACUAUGUCUCUGAGAAUAUCGGGGGUUUCAAGUCGGCUGUGGAGACUUAUAUGGAGAUGCUUGGGAAGUUCAACAUUGCAGACAUAUUUCCGGUGCUGAAACCAUUAGACCCACAGAACAUACGGCGUCAGGCGAAGUCGGCUUUCAACUGGUUGGAUGAAGUGAUUGAAGGUUUCGUAAAUGAGAGACUUAAGAAUCGAGAGUUGAAGGUGUCGAGUUCUGGUGAUAUGUUAGACUCACUGCUCGACUACAGUCAAGAAAACGAAGCCAUUUUCAAUCUCCAACACAUCAAUUGUUUACUCGUGGAUAUAUUCAUAGCAGGAACAGACACCAGUUCAAACACGAUAACAUGGGCGAUGACAGAAUUAUUACUUAACCCUGAUAUGUUAUCAAGACUCCGGGAAGAACUCAGACAAAUAGUGGGAGAAGAUGGAAAAAUUGAAGAAGCCAAAAUCAUGGACUUGCCGUAUUUGGAUGCUGUCAUCAAGGAAACAAUGCGACUUCACUUAGCUGCUCCCCUAUUGGCGCCUCAUAAAACCGAGUCCGAAGUGCAACUCGGAAACUAUAUUAUACCAACAAACACACAAAUUCUUGUGAACGCAUGGGCCAUAGCACGGGACCCAAGAUACUGGGAAAACCCGAUGAUGUUUAUGCCAGAAAGGUUCUUAGCUAAUCAAGUUGACUAUAAGGGUAAGCAUUUCGAGUUUAUACCAUUUGGGUCGGGUCGAAGGAGGUGCCCUGGAAUGCCAUUGGCUCAUAGGCUGGUACGUUUGCUACUGGCCUCAUUUGUUUAUCAUUUUGACUGGGAGCUUCCUCAUGCGAAAGAAGAAAUGGACAUGAAUACCAUUUUCGGUCUUACAUUGCUUAAGGCAAUACCACUUGUUGCUAUACCUAUACCCCUCGCAAGCUAAAAAUGGAUAUUUAAUUGAUUGUUGUGGAAAACAUUUACUUCUGUUUGAUGUGUAUAUUAAUCUUGUAAUUUCAGCUCUCGAAUGAGAUAAUGGU